CAUGGCGUCAUUGGUUUUACGCGCUCAAUGGCUGAUCCACUUCACUACCAACACACUGGUGUGGCCUUUAUGGUCGUUUGUCCUGGUCUCACCACCAGUGAAAUGAUGAUGAAUUUACGUGAGAAAUCCAUGAUGGGUCAACAGUCAUACGUUGGUGAGAUGGUCGAAGCGAUGAACCAGGCCAAACACCAAUCGCCCGAAGAGUGUGCGAUGAACAUGGUCAAAGCGAUGGAGAUGAUGAAGAACGGUGCUGUUUAUUUGUGCAACAUGGGUCAAUUGAAGGAGGUGAUGCCAACCAAUUACUGGCAAAUGUAAAUUUGUACUGUAGAAAACAAAAAUUGGACAGUCAGUUAAUGGCGAUCUGAAAAGGCUGCAAGCAAAAAAAAAAUUAAAAUAAAAAUAAAAU